CAUAUUAUUCAUACAAGAUUUUUUACUUCAAAAAUGUCAGGCACCAAUAUUAUGACAAUUAGAGAGAUGAUAGACUCUGCCUUUGGAGACCCUGAUGAGAAUAUUGUUAAUCUUAAACUUAUCCAAACAAUAUUAUAUGUACUUGCCAGACAAUUACGGGUUUUAGAACGUAGAGUUGGUGUGGCAAUUGGUCCUAGUUUUAUUCGUUCUGCUUCAAGUAUUUCUAUAACUGAAGUCAAAUUGCUGACCAGUGUUAAAAAGAAAAAAAGAAAUAUUAGAAAUGCGAGUAGUGAAAAGAAAAAAACCGAUUCUUCUUCGAAAUCUACAACAGAUAGAUCUUCGGAGAAAAGUGUUUCUAAGUCAACAACUGAAAGAACAACGUCAUCGGGGCCAUCUUCAUCCUUGAAAACAUCAACUACACUGUCAUCUUCUGAUAAAACUAAGUCGUCUACGGAUAAGUCGCCUUCAAGCAAAGUCGAUAGUGAUAUUUAUAAAAAAAAGUUUCCCUCGCAGGAAUAUCAUCAUCUUUUGGAGACUAUUGAACAGCAAAGAGAACGUGAACUACGAAUUGUUGAUCAGAGAGCUGACUCCCGAGAGGAAGCAGAGAAAGUACCUACUCCUAUGGUGUCGUUAGAUUCGAUGGAAAUGCAAUUCGAGAAACUACUUAUUGUUGAACGAGUAUCCUCUGAAGACGGUGAAACAAAAUCUGGAGCUUUUCAUGACAGCAAAGGACUCAAUUUAUCUAUUGUAACAAAAGACCAAUUUGAUAACCUAGCAGAAACAGUUAAAGAAUUACAAGAAAAAUUUAGUUCAGUUGGGAAAGCACUUUUUCCGGAGAAUACGAAAUUAAUGCAAGACCUUCGUAGAGGAGCAUCUCUUACUGACGCAAUGGCUGCCUUACAAUUAUCUGCUAGACUUGAUGCUGCAGAAAUGACAUUACAACAAAUGUUGUCACUAAUCACAGAUCUUGCCAUUAGAAAAGGUAUAGAAAUAGCAGACAUCCGCGAGAAUGAAACAGAAAUGAAAGAUAUUCUUGAUGCACCUAGUCAUGUAUCAGGUAUUCCUUCGCAUGUAUCACGGAAAUCUACAGCUCGUAAACAAUCGUUGAAAGUUGAGAAAAAAAUACAAGCCUUACCUACACAGUCUGCAGAAACAUCACACACUGAAAUUGUUGAACAUUUUAUUGAAGAACCAAUGUCAGAGCCAGCAGACGAACCUAAUGUGAAAAAAGAUACAAUCAAUGUUUACGAAAUGGAUAAUGCUAUGCAGGAAGUGUAUGAAAGUCUUUUAAAGACUGUAAAAAAUAUGACCAGCAAAGUAGGGUCUACUGCAGAAAAUGCCUUAAAGAUAGCUCAUAAAUUAGAAGAAAAAGUUAAUAAUGCAACAACUCUAGACGUUCGUAUGGAUGAUAUAGAAACUUUAGUAUCUGAUUAUGCAGAGAAAAUCAAUACGUUAGAUACAGGUCUAUCCUCGCAGAUGACGAACUAUCAAGAGCAAUUGACCCAAAUGCAACAUGAUUUAGAAGCAGGCUUAGAAUCCAUGACUGAAGCCAUAGCAAAUACGGGUGGAGAUACUACUGCUAUAGCCGAAUUAAACUUCAGUUUUAAUAAUCUACAAAUAGAUUUUGAUGCUACAAACCUAAAACAAAAAGAAUUGAGGGAGAAUCAAGAUAUGUUUUCUUCUGAUCUUACCUCUUUAUGGAAGCAAAUUGAGAUAUUACGUGGAACUAAAUCUGAUCGUGAUGAAGUAGCUGACGCUUUACGCGAUAAGGCUGGAAUAGGUGCUUUAAAUGGUCUUGUAACGCAACAACAGUUUGACGCAGUUAGAGGUGAUUUCGAGAAACGUAUUGCAGCUUCUUAUGACAAGUUUAAUAAUCAGGAAAUUAUUUGGCAAAAAGCUAUAGAUGAUCUACUUAGAGAACUUAACGAAAAGGCUGGUUUAGAGCAAAUAGCAUCUCUGCGUGAUGAUAUAAAUACCAAUCUCGAAAAAUUGAGAAGUAAAGUAAAUGCGAUGAUGGAAAUUGUUGGUGAACCACGUUUAGCUGCCACUACGAAAAAACUAUUUCGUGACACAGCCUGCCUCUCAUGUUCAUCUCCAGCUCAUAUGGAUAUAGAUGAACCGAAUGUUAUACCACCUCUGCCGGCGUUACCAAAUCCAUCGAGACGUCCUCCUAUUAUAGAAGCUGAAAAUAUUACGAAGCCCAAAGAAGACGGUGAUCACGGCUUAUGUUAUCCUGGUAGACCAAUUCAACAUCCAAAAGAUCCGAGAUCACACUAUUGUCAAAGAUAUUGUGGUGGAUCGCAUACAGUGGUAACUAACACAUCAAAAAGAGCUCCAGCUGGAAUGAUUAUAAGUUCGUUUCGUCAAACAAAUUCAGGAAUUGGUGUGGAUGGAAAAACUUAUAAAAUUGAUGAGCCAGAGCCUAAACUGACACCAUGCGUACCUUGUAAUUUACCAAACGUAACUCCAGCUCCGUCAGAAAAGGAACAAGGUUUUAAUAAUGAUACAGUUGAAUCACUUGACCUCUUUGCAAGAGCAUCUAUUAUGAAGACUGAUGGCAACAGCGUGUCAGUAACUCCACCUGCAGCUUUUGACGAUGACUAAGUAACAUUAUUAUUUAAUUAAUUACUUACUUUGCG